AUGAAAAAUAGAUAUUUGUUCUAUGGAAAUAUACUUUCUAUUCCUAAAUGUGAAACACUUUUGGAUGAAACUAAUAAUGAAGACACAUGUGAUAUUGAUUAUGAUGACAAGCCUAUAAAGGAUCAACCAAAAAUUGAAGAAUUCUAUAAGAAAAAUUACUGUAAUAUUUUCUCAUAUUUAAUGAAAAUUCAUUAUCGCACAGAUGAAUAUAAUAUAUCAAAAGAAGCUGCAUUAGUAUACUUAUAUUAUUGGAUAUAUAUUAAACACACAAAUAAAGCUAGAACAUACAAAAUCUAUGAUGUUUUUAAAGCAUUUCUCAGUGGAUAUGAGGAUCUAUAUAGAACACAGGCAUACAAGGAUUAUAUAAAUAAUGUAAUUAGUGAUGAGGAAUUGAAAAAUCUGGAAGCCGUCUUUGAUGUGUACAUGUGCCUUAAUAAAAUAAAGGGACAUAAAGAAAAUGGAUAUUGUGACACACUGAUAAAUAUUAUAAAUCAAUAUAAUACAGAAAUAGAAUCUAAUAGUGGUAAAAUGGAUUCAAAUAAAAUACAAGCAUAUAACAGAAGUUAUAAUGUAGCUUCUAUUAUUAUAACUGUUGUCAUAAUGAUGGUAGUUUUUUUUUUAUUACUUAUUUUUUAUCAGUUUAGCUCAUAUGGUUAUUGCAUUCGCCGUAGAAUAAAUAAUAUAAGAAAAAAAUGGAUUCAUGCAGAUAAAGAAUGGAAUAUAUUACAAUCUCCUGAAUCAUUUGACAGUAUCCCAUGGAAUAAUAAUUACAAUGUAAUAUAA